CCGCACCAAACCCCACCUUGGCAUGGUCCGUGCCCAAGCUCUGGGCGAAAAUUUCGAACUUUGGUGGCCAGAGAGGAAGAAAAAAUUACCAAGCUCGAACUUGACGUUGACGAUCGAGGCAUUCGACGCGCAAGGUACACACCCCGCCAGCGCAUUGUGAGAAUUACUUAUUUCCCCCACAUUGCUGUCGACUACACGCCAGCAAGAUGACGACAAUCAAUUUCCUCCUCUACGAAAGCGCGGUGGGCUUCUCCCUCUUCGAGGUCGUCCACCAGGCCGACACGGUCGGCUUGGAAUUGCCCGAGGUCAAGGAUGCCAUGAAGACCCUGGACAAGUUUGGCAAGAUGGUGCAAUUGCGCAGUUUCAACCCGUGGAGCUCUGCGGCGCACGGCCUUGAAUCUAUCAACAUGAUUUCCGAAGGCAUCAUGCCCGAGCACCUGAAGCAGACUCUGGAACUCAACCUCCCUAAGACGAGCGGCAAGAAGAGCAAGAUUGUUCUCGGAGUCGUCGACAAGAGACUGGCAGGCGAGAUCAGCUCGACAUUCCCCGGAGUUCACUGCGAGGCCGCCGACACGUCCGAAGUUGUCGCCGCUCUCCUCCGCGGCAUCCGCGCUCACGCCAGCAAGUUGCUCAAGGGCCUACAAGACGGCGAUAUUAACCGUGCUCAGCUUGGCCUCGGUCACGCCUACUCCCGAGCGAAGGUGAAGUUCAGCGUCCACAAGAACGACAACCACAUCAUCCAGGGCAUCGCGACCCUCGACGCGCUCGACAAGGGCAUCAACCAGGGCGCCAUGCGUGUCCGGGAGUGGUACGGCUGGCACUUCCCCGAACUUAUUCGUAUUGUGUCGGACAACGGGACCUACGCCAAGAUGGUCAUCGCUGUUGGCGACAAGAAGACGCUCACGGAUGCGAGCGUCGAUGACCUCGCCAACAUUCUCGGUCAGGACCAGGAGAAAGCCGAGGCUGUUGUACAGGCUGCCAAGGUGUCUAUGGGGCAGGAUAUUGCCGACGCCGAUUUGCACAUGGUGAUGGACUUGGCCCGUAACGUCUCUAAGAUGGCCGAUUACAGGCGCAUCCUCUCGGGAUCCCUCGACAAGAAGAUGAGCGAUGUCGCUCCCAACCUCCAGGUCAUUCUCGGCACAUCCGUCGCGGCCAGAUUGAUCUCACACGCGGGGUCCCUGACCAACCUUGCCAAGUACCCGGCCUCGACCGUCCAGAUCCUGGGCGCCGAGAAGGCGCUCUUCCGCGCUCUCAAGACAAAAGGUGCCACCCCCAAGUAUGGCCUUCUCUACCAGAGCACGUUCAUUGGCCGUGCCGGGCCCAAGGUCAAGGGCCGCAUUUCGCGCUAUCUGGCCAACAAGUGUUCGAUCGCGAGUCGUAUCGACAACUUUUCCGAACACCCGACCAAGCAUUUCGGCGAGGUUAUGCGCGAGCAGCUGGAGCAACGACUCGAGUGGCACGCCAAGGGCACCAAGCCCAUGAAGAACUCGGAUGCCAUGGAGAAGGCCAUCAAGAAUGUUCUGCGCGACGAGGGCGACCUCGACAUCGACAUGGAGCAGAUUGAGCACCACGCCCCGGUGUCGUCGACACUAGGCAAGAAAGAGAAGAAGGACAAGGACAAGAAGGACAAGAAGGACAAGAAGCGCAAGAGACAAGAAGGACAAGAAGGACAAGAAGGACAAGAAGGACAAGAAGGACAAGAAGGACAAGAAGCGGAAGAGCCUUGGCGGCGAGGAUGUCGAGAUGGUGGACGUCAAAGCUGA